AUGUCUUCGAGCACCAAUGCUGCCCGUGUGGUCGGCAGAAGUGUCGAAGAUCGUGGUGGUGUAGCGGUGGUGGGCGGACUGCUGCCGCCGCCGCCUCCGCGACAGGAGAUGGACUUUUUAGAGGCCGAUGAUCCCCUCCAGGGAGUGACUAACGAGACUUUCUUGCACCGGAUCGGGGGUGAGAUUCAAAGCAAAGUGAUUGUACCAGUGCGGGACCACAUUGUGGCUCCUUUGAACAAGUUACAGAAGUCACUGGACUUGCAUCUGGAAUUUUACCUCAGCAAGUUCGGUAAUCCGAUGCUUCUCAGGCGGCUGCUGUACGUUCUGACGAUAUCAGUCAUCACAUGGACUAUCUGGAGGAGUGGGUUUAUUAUGAGCUACAGCAACGGUGUUGUGUUCAUGGAGAGGUCCCAGCUGAUCGAAUACGCCGCGCAACAGACCGAUCUGAACAAACUGGAGACGGAUUUGCAUUACUUGGCAUCUGUGGGACACAGGUCCGGUACCAGGGGGGACUCAUACGUUUCCAAAUUUAUUACUGACUCAAUGAGGAACACUGGACUUGACUCCGUACGACAGGAACUGUUCAAGGGAUACUGUAAUUACCCAACUAACAACUCGCAACUCGCUUUGUACAGAGACGAUCAACUAAUACUAGAGUUCGACCUGGAUGAGUUGAAUUUUAACCCAUUGACAAGAGACGGGAAUUUGAGCAUCAUCAAUAUUGUAUACGGGUCCAAAGGUACAGAGCACGACUUUGAAAGAUUGACCAAGGCGUUCCUCUUGGAGGACGACUUUGUCGUAGUACUACACGAAUCGGAUAUCCCAGAGAUCCCCAUAUCACAGCAGUUGUUUAUGGCGGAACAGUUUAAUGCAAAGGGGAUCAUUUUCAUACCGGCGGACUCGGAAUCGGGGCAAGACUACAUCAAACAGUCAUCGUUGGGGAUCACUCAGUUUGGGACAGGGGACGCGCUUUCCCCCAGUUGGGCAAGCAGCAACGUUCACACAAUAUCUGUAGAUCGAUCGAUGCUACUACCAAAGAUACCCGUACUGCCAUUAUCUGCACAUCAGGGCGCCCUAUUGCUCUCAGAGAUAAAAGAGUCAGGGGUCCAUUUUGAUAACGGACUGUACAGUGGCAUCACUGAUGAUUUGAAAGUUCAUAUGAAAGUGGAGACUGUCUUGAAAUCCAGACAGCAGAUUACAAACGUUGUUGGGAAGAUGGAGGGUUCCGAACAGAACGAGAAGGCAAUUAUUAUUGCUGCGGCAAGAAACUCACUGUACCCUGGAGCAUUGUACCCAAACUUUGGAACUGCCCUGUUGCUCAAUGUAGUAGAACUGUUGCAAAUGAUGAGAUAUAGGUUCAACUGGCAGCCGUUACGGUCCAUCUACUUCAUCUCGUACGGCGGUACAGAGUUUAACCAUAUCGGCGCCACGGAACAAAUGGAGUUGGAAUCCCUAUCAAUAACGGAAAACGUAUACAGCUUCAUCGACAUUAGCCAAUUGGGUCUCGGUAAAGAGAUUGAAGUUCAAUGUUCACCACUAUUACACAGCGUUUUCGCGGAGCAAGAAACAACUUUGAACGUAAAUACCACUAUGGUGAACCAAUACGGGGACUGGACACCGUUCAUGGCGAAUGGUGUGCCCGUAUCCGUGCUUGCAUCUCCAGGUACAAGGCGACGGAAAUUCCCCAUCGACACCGUUUGGGACACUUUUGACCGCGUGCAGGAUCAAUUACAAGAUGCGGCGGUGCAAAAAGAUCUAUCAGAUUUGAUCUCUUACGUUCUCGGAACGACGCUACAGCUUGUGGACAAUCCCGUGAUCCCUUUUGACUUGCGGAGAUUAGCCGAGAUCCUGAGCAGUGCGACCAUUGCAUUUGACCAAAAGUACAAAAACGAGCAUCAUUUCAAAGUGGCUGGGAUAGUGAGAAGCUUACUCCAGUGGAAAAAAUUGGCGCAGCACUUCUUCAAGUUUGUCGAAGCUUGGAAAGACGAUGUUAGUGGCGGUGUGGAACCCUUCUCUGUGACAUCACGCCGGCUCGAUUGGAACGUAAAACUGAGCGAUAUAGGGAGGAAACUCUCCUACAACGAUGGGCUCCCGUUCCGAAAGUUUUACAAGAACGUUUUGUUCGGUCCACCGCUGUGUAUCAGUGACGAGUUGUCACCGGCUGAAUAUCCCUGGGUGUUCCCCGGGAUCAGAGACGCAAUUUGGAACGAGCAUUGGGCGUUGGUGCAAAAACAGAUCGACGUAGUCACCAAGAUUUUGAACGAGGCUGAACACUCCAUCACGAAGGACUCCCGGAACAUCCGACAUUAG